CCAACACGUACAUAAUUCUGCAGAGUAUGAUUUUUUUUAUUUAGUAUGUAUGCUCAGCGUCUAUUUGACCUAUGAUAGAUAUCACGACUGUUUUGUUGAUACGCCAUUGUUGUGCUAGCUAUAGCAUCGCCUGCUACAGUACAUUUGACUUUUGUGACACUUCGAUAACUUGCACUUUCCGGGGGGUGUUUCCACAGUGAAGACAAAGUGUGUGUCUAUAGGGAGCAGUCAUCAUGGUACGCCUGACCGCUGACCUGAUCGCUAAAUCUAAAAACCACUUCAAGAAGAAGAACAGAGGGCUCUCGCUCCAAGACUACCUCAGGACUCUGACCCACCUGCAUUUUUCCAGCCAGAAUAUUGAGGAUAUUGGCGACCUGUCCAUGUGCAGAAACCUCACCGUCCUCUACCUGUACGACAAUCACAUCACGCACAUUUGCAACCUGGACUUUGCGUACAACCUCACCCAUCUGUACCUGCAGAACAACGACAUCACGCAUAUCGACAACCUCGCCCAUCUACACAAACUCUCCAAGCUCUAUCUGGGUGGUAACAGGAUUGCGGUGGUGGAGGGCUUGGAGGGACUGAACAAGCUGGAGGAGCUGCAUGUGGAGAGUCAGAGGCUGGCGCCGGGGGAGAAGUUGCUCUUUGACCCUAAGACCCUGUGCUCCCUUGCCAGAUCUCUCUGCGUCUUCAACGUGACCAACAACAACAUCGAUGAAGUCCGGGACCUGGCCGCGUUGUGGGAAAUCAAACAUUUUUCUGCUGCCGAUAAUAAAUUGGCCAAUAUCGAGGAAUUAGAGGAGGUGUUCGGGUCAUGGCCUUGGCUCCUUCAAAUGGAUUUACGUGGAAAUCCUGCAUGUAAGACCCCAAAAUACAGAGACAGACUGAUCACAGCGUGCACGAGACUCAAGGUGCUGGACGACCGCGACAUCCAUGAGGUGACCAGAGAGUUCCUCGUUAAUUGGAAAGCAUCCAAAGAAGCCAAGAAGAAGAAAAAUAAACACAUGAUCUCACCAGCCUUCACAAAUGGCGUUAUGAUGGGUCAUCAAGGUGCAUGUCCUCAUGUCUGCUGCCAUGGUAAAAUGCAUGGAUGGAAGCCGCAGCAGCCAUACAGGGUGCAGCAGCUAAAAAGCGCUCUGAACAGACAGCCCAACCAUGUGGCCGUCACGUCAGAUAUGUGCAGGCCUACACACACAUAAUAUCACUGAAGGCAUUUUCACACUUGUUCACUUGACUGUAAUGUCAAAUAUCUGUUAAAUAUAAAUACUGUUUUUUGUGAACUUAUAUGUGGAUGUAUAUGAAGUGUCUUGGCAGGGGUGUCCAAAGUUUGACCACUUGCAGCAAAAAUAUCAAAAUAUAGAAACUGAGAUGUUGAUACUAAUAACUGAUAUUAGUGCUUUGUUUUCAUAUAACUUUGUAUUGCUUUACAUAUACACACACAUUAUAUAUAUAUACACACAUAUAUAUAUAUAUAUACAUAUAUAUAUAUACAUACAUAUAUUUAUAAAUACAUGUGUGUGUGUGUGUGUGUGUGUGUGUGUGUGUGUGUGUGUGUGUGUGUGUGUGUGUGUGUGUGCGUGUGUGUGUGUGUGUGUGUGUGUGUGUCCAGCCAUCCAUCCAUUUCCUACCGCUUUUUCCCAUUGGAGUCGCGGGGGGCGUUGGUGCCUAUCUCAGCUACAAUCGGGUGGAAGGCGGAGUACACCCUGGACAAGUCGCCACCUCAGCGCAGGGCCAACACAGUUAGACAGACAACAUUCACACUCACAUUCACACACUAGGGCCAAUUUAGUGUUGCCAAUCAACCUAUCCCCAGGUGCAUGUCUUUGGAGGUGGGAAGAAGCCGGAGUACCCGGAGGGAACCCACGUAUUCACGGAGAGAACAUGCAAACUCCACACAGAAAGAUCCCAAGCCUGGGAUUGAACACCAGACUACUCAGGACCUUCGUGUUGUGAGGCAGACGCACU